AAUCAGUUUGUAAUUUAAAAUUUCACCAAACAAACAUCAAAAGCAAGAUGAAAAGCAUAUUCGGAACCAAAAAUAAAAAACGAUCAAAGAACAAGGAUGGAAAAUUGAUGAGUACUGCUAGUAGAAAUGGUGAUGAAGCUACAAAGCCAAACGGAACAAAAACAUCGAAAAAACGAAAGCCAUCAAGGGGAAAUGAUGAUAAAGGACGAGAGCCUGAACCAACUGCUCAAUCAAAGAAGGCAAAGAAGAUGAAACCGAAGAGAGAUUCCAAGGCUCCGUCUCCUGCACUGUCACCAGGACCACGUGAACAGCUGUCCGACCAAAAGAAGACUGUUGAGGAUGAUCCGCCACCAGCUCCGAUAGCAACAAGUGUCUCUGGAACAGUCACGUCUACAGUGAACGCGAUGCCUGCUAUUCUCUCCUCUGAAGUUUCAAACAAGCAACCCAAAGAGGUUAAUUCGAUGAAAAAAACAAAAGGUGCUCCAAACUCGACUACCGAUACUCCAGUUUCACAUAAGACCUCGAUCACUGGAAAUGCAGACAAGUGGGUUGGAGAGGAUGUUGCAAAAACCUGGAUGGAUUCAAUUGAUCUGGCUGAGGUGAAGAAAGAUUUCGAGAAGCUUCAAACAAUGAAAAUCGACAUCGAUAAGGAUUGUAAAACAUGGAAGGCCAACUCAAAGUUGAAUCAAUCGGAACACUUUCCUGCCUUGGACUCGAAUCUUUUGAAAAUUGAGAAAGGUUAUGUGAAUAUCAGCCAUGUAGAGGUUCCAUUGGGGCGGAAUGUUCACAUCGGCCAAUUUCCUGUCAAAGAUACGGAGGAGACAUUUUGGAAAGCAGUUUUCGACAAACGCAUCACUUCUAUCGAUGUUCUGGUUGGAGAUGAGCCCAUCGAGUUCUUCCCUAAGAAGGCUGAGGAUUACAAGAACUAUGGCCAGAUGUGGAUCAAUAACCGGAAGGUGGAACAUGUCAUUGAUGAAGUGUUUCGUUUUUCAAUCGAAGUUUUGCCACACGGAUGCUCCAACUCGAUUAUCUGCAAUGUGACUGUUUUUGGUAAUUGGAAAGUGGACAGUGUUCCUGUGAAACAAGCAAUUGCCAUCAAAGAAGCACUUGGUCUAAACUACUUCUUGCUGAAAACACCCGCUGACGACAAUGCAAUGAUAAUUUCACCGCAUGGAGCUGGACGAGCUGGAUACUUUUUGGCACUGGCAGUUGCUGUUCACACAAUUGAUACAAAGAUUGCCGAACCAAACAUUGCAGACAUUGUCAAAUCGAUUCGCACCCAGAGACCAAGAGCUGUUGAUUCAUUCUGCCAGUACUGUUCCCUCUACAUUUCAUUGCUAUACUUCAUCAAGAAAAAAGUGACAAAACCAGCAGACGGAGAUAAGAAGUCAACACCGACUAACAAAUACCUCUUCAAAAAGUCGGUUGAGUUGACAAAGCAGUUCACAAAUGUUCUUCUCGAAGCAAACCAGCCGAGUAUGAUGGGACCUGGAUGAAUUGUCUCCCUUGAUUUUACAUAUAAAGAAGCUUGAAGUGAUCCUUAGUUUUGAAAAUAAACAUUUUUACAAA